CAAAUUAUUAUCAACAAAAAUCAACCAGGUAUGUUGUUCGUGUGUGAAUACGGUGAAGUUUUUUGUUGUUGUUUUGUUUUACGUUUUUAAAAAAAACAACAAUAUUUGACAACAACAACGAAUAAAAUUAUUAUCAAAAGUGAGUUCAAGUGAAUAAAAUAGACAAUGCCAGCAUCUACUUUAUCAACAUCAUCGGCAACUUUGCCGCAACAUUCGUCAACGAUGUCGACAACGGUCGUAUCACGACCAAAACAAGUAAUUAAAGAAUAUUGUCGUCAAAAACAUUUAAAAGGACCGGUUUAUUAUUUAACACAUGAAGAAAAAGUUGAUCUACAAAAACAUUAUACAGUACAAUUAUUGAUUGAUGAUAUGCUCCUAGCUAAAGGUAUUGGUCUUUCAAGGCGCAAUGCUGAAUUUAAAGCAGCUUUAGAAGCUAUUCGAUUGUUUCAUGAAAAUGAUCCAUCCAUUCUGGAAUUGAUCAAUCAAACAAAUAAUGAUCGUUCAUUUGGUAGUCUACGACGACGGCGACCAUCACGUAAUGAUCAUCUUUCCAUGAAUCGUUCAUUCAGUGUUGAUUAUAUUUCCAAAGCUAAUCGUGUCGAUUCUUUUACAUCGAUGGCCAAUGGUCAUUAUGAUCCAAAUGAUGGUCGACAAUCUAUAACGCCAAGUAUCGAUGGUAUCGAUUCGAUUACAUUGAAAAGUCAUUCAUUAUCUUCAUCGAACAAUGUUAGUGAUGAUAAAUCCAAAGAUAAUCUUCAUCAUCAACAACAGGAAAUAUCAUCCGAUGAAGGUGUAUGGACAGCGGAAGAAAGUGAAUGUUCCAAUUCAUCUCGUCCAUCACCGAAACUAAACAAUCAUCCGAAACAAACGUCCAAAUUGCUCAACAAUAACAAUAACAAUGAUAACAAUACGAAACGAUCAUUCAGUUUUUUUCCAUCAUCAUUUUUAUUAUUAAAUUCAUUACGUGAUUUUAGUCGUCGAUCUUUUCGACGAUCCAAGUCGAACAACAAUAAUAGUGAUGGACGAAAAUUUGAAAUCGAUAGUGAACCAUCAUCAUCAGCAUCAUCGUCAACAACGACAUCCUCAUCGUCAUCGGUAACAUCACGACCCACAUCAUCAUCUUCCAGUUCAUCAUCAUCAUCGACAACCUUUUCAUCCAAUUCAUCUUCUUCAUUGAACAACAAUCAUCAUCAUCCGGAAGAUCAACAGACAAUAUCAUUGAUAAACGAUGAUGCCGCAAUCCAUCACCACCAUAAUCAUCAUCAUUCGACAAUAAAUCAUUAUCAAUCAUCAAAUAUAAUGGCAGAAUCAAUUAUUGAAGAAGAUGAAGAACAAGAACAGCAAGAACAACAACAACAAUCGAUUGAUGGUAAUGAUCAAAAAGAAUUAUCAUCAUCAUCAUCGAAAAAACAUAAUGAAAUGAGUAAUGGAAAUAUUAAUGGUAAUGGUAGUAUUAUUCGCAGCUAUUCAAGUUCAUUAUUAUUAUCAUCAUAUCAUCAACAACAGCAACAGGGUAAUUGUCAACAUAAUCAUUUUUCCUUAUAUGGACCAAUUCUUUGUAAUAGUACAGAUAAUUGUUCCAUUAUUGAUAGUCAUCGCGGAACAACAAUCGAAUCAAGUCCAUCAGCAAUAUUAUUAAAAUAUUGUAUUAGAAUGUAUUUACCAUUACCAUAUUAUGAUAUUCAUUUUGAUAAUCGAAAAUUUUGGGUUACUUGCCGGGUCAUAAUGUCCAACGAUCAAUGUCAAGUAGGAACAAAUUCUAAUACUAAUUAUAACAAUGGUCGAAAACGUCGUCAUCCUAUACCGGAUAAAUAUAUUGAUCAUCAAUUUACGGCCAAAGGUUAUGGGGAAAUAUUGCGUACAGCUAGAAAUUCGGCAGCUAAAUUAAUUAUCGAUAAAUUAACAGCUGUUGGUCUUUUCCAUCAAGAAUAAAUAGAAUCUCAACAUUAUUGAUUCAUCACCAAAAUCAAAUACUCUUUAAUCGGUCUAUAAUUUUUUAUUAUCGUUUUUUUGUGACAAAAAGACAAAUAUUUAUUUUUCAAUCAUCGAUUAUUAUACCUACCUAUAGAUAUAAUUC